AUGGAUUUGCCACAGUUUCAUCAAGCCGUUGUUCUUAAAGAGCGAGGGAAUGGCAUACAGUUUGAAGUCAUCGAGCUGCCUCUCCCAGAGCUUGGUCCGGCUGACGUCCUUAUCAAACGGUCCGUAACGGGGCUAUGCGGCACCGAUUUCGCACUAGCUUCCGGUGCACUAGGAGAAACACGUCGCAUACUGGGCCACGAGGGAAUUGGUCGCAUCGUGAAGCUCGGCUCUUUGCUUGAUGAAUCACAAGCGAAGAUAGGCCAACGAGUAGGGGUGUCGUGGGUUCGAGACGUCUGCGGGAGCUGUGCAUUCUGUCUGCAUGACGGCGGGGAGGCUCAUUGUGUCAAGCAGAUUCACUCUGGCCGCAAGGUAGAUGGCACCCUUGCCGGCUUCACGGUUGUUCCGAGCACAUAUAUUAUCAAACUUCCCGAGGGGCCUUCCGAUCAGAUUCUUGCGCCUAUCAUGUGUGCCGGUGUCACAGCGUACAAGGCAUUGAAAAUAUGCAAUGCCACACCCGGAAGCUGGGUAGUGCUGGUGGGGGCAGGAGGGGGAGUUGGAUCUCUAGGUAUCCAAUACGCGCGGGAAAUGGGUUAUAGGGUUAUUGCUGUUGAUGCGGGCAGCAAUAGAAAGGAGUUUUGCUUGAGCCUCGGGGCAAACGCUUACGUGGAUAUAGAACAAGAGGGGGAUGUUCCUGCUGUAGUUAGAAAACUGACCGAUAAACAAGGGGCAAGAGCUGCCAUUGUCUGUGCAGGUUCUAGCAGCGCAUAUCAAGAUGCAUUACAGAUGGUAGCUCCGUUCGGCACGCUGGUUUGCGUUGGAAUCACUCCCGUGUCUCAACAAAUCCAGUUCCACCCACUAACAUUGAUCGACAAUGGGAUCCGGAUUGUUGGGUCCAUGGUUGGCACGAGGGGAGACGUACUGGAGGCCGUCGAAUUCGUGAGAAGGGGCCAGGUAUUUCCCUCUGUGCAAAUGGUAUCCCUAGCAGAAGUUACAGAUGUCGCAAAGCUUCAGGCUUUGAAUAAGAUCAAUGCCAAGCUAGUGGUGAGCUUAUGGUAA